CUUUAUAUGUACGUAGGAGACGUUAAAAAACAAAAACAAAAAACCAAAAUUUGGGCUUACAACUUGAGAGAAAAUAUUAGAGAAAUACCUGCAAAUAGUAAUUAUGAAAAGAGUCCAAAUAAAAUAUAUCUUAAACAGUAAUAACAACAAGUUUGAAAAAGUAUCUGCCAAGAAGUGAGGUUAAGUACGCAUAGAAAGUGAGGUUAAAGAAAUAGUGAGGUUAAGUCAAAAGUAAUUGAAGCUAGAAUUGAGCUUAGAAUGAAGAACAUAGUAAAUUAUAAUUGAUAACAUAAAAUAAAAUGUACAUGCAAGAAAUUAAACAUAAAAUCUCAGCUUUCAACCGAACCCAAAAGUAAAUCCAUAGCCGAGAGUAAGCUUAGUUUAGAUUGUAACUAGAGAAACCAAAAAAAAAAAAAAAACAAAAAACAACCAAGAUUAAGCAAGAAACAAUUAACCAAAGUAAGCUAGUCAAAUAAACACACUCUAACGCCCAAUCUUCCAAGAUGUAUGCAGCUGCUGGCGGUGCCUCUUUGGCCUCGCGCCAGGCACGUCAACGCCAGCGACAGCAGAAGAAGAACCAACAACUACAAGCGAAACUACAUCCACCGAAAGCGGCUGGAGCAGCUAUCGGCGAUCAUGCCAGCGGUGGGGCCUCGACUCCCACUCGCGGACAAUCGCGACAAUUCCAUCAGCUGCCCACGAACUAUCUGAGGGCUCCCCAAGCCCAGGGCCGCAAGCUAAGCGCCACCUAUACGACGCAAUCGAAGCUCCUACUGCCAAUCGAUGAGGGCGAUACCCAAUCGGUGCUGCAGCUGCGCAUGCAGACACCGCAUAGCCACAUUCCUGCCCAUAGCCAUACCCAUUCCCAUUCGCAUUCGCAUCAUGCGCAUGCGCACAGUCAUAUGCACAUGCAUGGAUUACCCCCACAUGGCGGACCACCGCAGACGCCGUAUCAGCAAUUCGCCUCGUCACACGGACGCGUCUCACCGAAACUUGUGCAUCGGCAUUCCGGCAGCAGUGCAGGAUUCCAUCCUGCGGCAGCCAUGGCGGCCGGACAACUGCACAAAUCAGCGACAGCCACACUGCCGCUGGUAUCGCAAUUGGAAAUGGAUGGAGCAACGGCGUUGCCAUCGGUUGUGGUCGGCGUUAAAACGACAGUAACCUCGCCCACGUCUCUGCCCUUGGCCAGUACUUCGGCCGCGGCCGCAGCAGCAGCAGCCGCUGAAGUGGAGGCCGAGGCUGAGGCCGAGUUAGCUGGCGCCGCAGCCAUGUUUUUACCCCACCAUGAUGCCAUCAUUGUAACGCCGGCCACACCCAUGGCCUCGCCGGGCCAUGUGGCCAAAUUGCGUCGUCCGGGUCUGGAAGAUGGCAUUGCUUUGGAGAGGCAACCUCUAACUGGCGAUGAUGCCGACGACGAUGAUGGUGAGCCCAUGCAUCCACCGGGGGCACAAUUGGAGCGUAAAUGCAGUGUCUAUCGCAUGAGACGUAGCGAUGCCUUCGAGCAAGUGGGUGAUGGCGAUGGAGCAGCCGGUGGCAUGACCAGUGGCCUUAAGCGUCAACUAAGAGAAUUGCAGUUCAGUUCCGGUCUACAGCAAACCCAAUACGAACCUCUACUCACCGAUGAACCGCAAUUGCUCUUUAAGGGUCUGGGCAAUGGUCGGAAGUGGCAACUCUGCGCCUACUGCGAGGAAGGCAUUUGUGUCUGCGAGCAUCUCGAGUGUGCCCAAGGACGGGCCGCUUGGCUGGAGCGCGGCCGUCGCUGCAGCGUUCAGGAUCAACAACAGCAGCAGGCCACCUAUCAUCGCCGUUGGGUGAAACGGAAUCGCAUACAAGAUGCCUCUCUGGGCGGCUCAUCGGACGAUGAAGAUUUCCUUGGCGUUCUUCGUGGUCCCAGCACAUUUGCGAAUGCUUUUCUCUAUGUGGGACUGGGUACAGUGGCUUUGGGACUGGUCAUAGCAUUCGUUGGCACUGGCGAAAAGGGCUUCAAAACCGUGGAACUAAGACUUAUAGGGCCAUCUCUCAUAGGAAUUGGCCUGAUUUGUUGCAUUUUACGCAUCUUAUUCUGCAUCUGCCCAUCGCAUUGUAUAUCAUCCAAUAAGAAAACGCGAAAGAAAAAUGGUAACAAAAUUGAUGCAGAUCAUACAACAUCUUUGCUAAGAAAUGAAAGCAAAAGGGUUUCAAUAGCCAGGGGUCCGACUGUACAGCCCAAAUAUCCCAUAGCACAUAAGCGUAGUCAGAGCAAAAUGCUCAAUGAGGGUAUGGAGGCUUUACGCCAAAUAGCCACCACAUCGCUCUUCAUGCAAAAUGAACAAAAGUCGGGCUUGAAUCGGGUUGUACCCAUUAUAAAUGAGCCAGAGACGGGCGAUUAUCAUUUUGGUGAUGAUGCACCACUUGAGAUGAAGAAACUGCAAACGGCUCUCAAUGUCUGCGAAAUGAGUGAUGAGGAGCAACAACAGCAGCAGCAGCAACAUCAGGAUAAGCAACAUGGUGAGCUGAUGAAAAUGGAGCCAACCGAGGUCAAGCCAAGCAGAAAUGCCUUUACGAGUAGUACCACCAGAGCCCAACCAACUUUAACAACUGUAGAUGAAAAACCCGAUAGUAAACUAGUGCGUCAACGUGUGGCCUUGCAACAGCAACGUCCAAGCAAUGAUCAGCAAUCGCAGUCAUUAUCAUCUUCAUCUACGGUCAAGGAUUCACUGGAUGGUGUGGUAAUGGUGGAGGAAACCUCACUGAUAGAUACCAGCACUGUGACAGUAACUCCUGUUGCUCCUGCCCCAAUGCCCGUACCAGUGCCCGUGCCCGUUUCCACUCCCGCUUUAACAACCUUACCCAGCAGCUGUAGUACAGGUGCCAUUCCCAGACUUAAAACACAAAAACCUAGCCAAUCAACGGGAGCCACGCCCAAGACAAUUCCUAGCACUAGCAACAGCAACACCACUACCAUUAUCAGCUCAAGGCUGCCCACCUCGCAGUCGCAUCCGACGAGUUAUGAUCUACCCCCGGCCCUGCCACACACAUACUCAGCCUCAGCGACUGUGCGCGGACCUUUGGGCAUGUCCAUGAGCAGCAGUUCAUCUAGCAAAAUGGGCAUGACGCCACCCACCACCACAACGAUUAGUCUGUUGCCACUGCCAGCGCCGCCCACAAUGGCCACAAUGUCAAUGGCCAUUCCUGGCCAAAUACCGGAGGCUAACAACAGCACCACAACCACCACCACAAGUCUGAGUCUGAGCCUAAUGCAACCAACGGCGCCCUCAAGGCCAGUCACGGCGACUGGCAGCAGCAGCACUUCCUCCGCAUCGUUGGCGUUCCCUACAUCAUUUGAUCACAAAUCACACCCGUCAUCCGUCAUCAGCACAAUGGGGCACGUGGGGCAUGGCAGCCUACUGUUAGCACAGCCAACGACGGCAUCACAACUGCCGCCGCCACCUGCAGCAACGACAUCCGCAUCCGCAUUAUCAUCAUCUACAACGGCAAGCAAAUUUGAGCCGGAGUUGGUGCUCAGUCCGGCUAAGCUUGGCCAGUGAAUAUUUACGAUUUUAGUUAGUCACUCAAUCUCUAUGUAAUAUGACUCUAGACUCUAUUGGAGAAUGACCGAAUUGUGUGAGAAUGAAUGAAUGCAUGAAUGAGUGAGUGUAUUCGAAUGCCUGUGUAUGUGAGAGUGUGUUUGUGUGUGUGAAUAUGAAUGAAUUAAGUGUGAGAGAGACUAAAGCAUGUACUCGAAAACUAUCUUUUAAAUGUGCCACAAGACCUUAACCAAAAACAAACAAACAAACUAAAAGCCGCAGCAAGUCAAUACAGAUUUUCCCGAAAAUAACGAAGAAAAAUCACUCACUCAAUAAAAAUCCACAGUCAGUCAAUCAUGCUCUGUAGCAAUUAAAACUAUUUCGAAACAGAUCAAUAAAUUAUAAUCACAAGAGACACAAAAGUUUAAAUCGGAUAAGAUUCUGUCAGUAAUCUUUUAGCUAAGAGGUACUAUAUGGACCUGCCUUGGCCAAUGAAUGUUAUUCUUCCACAAGGAAUCAAAUAGUUUUUUAUAUAUUUUUACUGAAAUUCAGUAUUUCGAAAGCUAUUUUGCAACUUGGAUGCCUUCUUUGUUUAAACAUUCCUCUCUUAGACUGAAGUCUAGGAUUGGCUUAAGUGGUUUAGAUUUCGAAAUUUAUAAAAGGCAUUUAAAAAAUGGUUCUAAAUCCAUUAUUAAGCAAAAGUAGCUUGGGGUUAUUUUUUUUGUGAAAUUUUCAAACAUCAUUUUUAAGUUCUUAGACUUCAAAAAACUUUGUGGACAGAUUUCUCUGUUCCCCAUUGAGCCGGAGCAUGAUUGAUUUACUUUUGCAUUCACCUGUUUAACUUAAUACCUUAAUAAUUUUAAGUAUUAUGUAAUUCCUUUCUCACGUUACCUGUGCUGUGCAUUUGUACUUGUAAAUUCUUUAAUUUUUACUUGAAAAUGCUCAUCGACAACAAAGCAAAAGCAAUUUACUUUUCAUAAGAAACUCUCCCCCAUAAAUUUACCUAAUUCUGCCCCACUUAACACAGCAAAAUAAUAAUAAUAAUAAUAAAAAAAAGUAUAUAACAUUUGUAUACCAACAUAUCGUUAAAUAAAUUUAAAGAAAAAAACGAAAAAAAAAACAUACCUAAUAAUAAUAAAAAAAUUACCAAAAAAUGAAGCAGUGGGGAAAAACUGUCGACGAAGGAACACAUAGAACCAUAUAUCCGUAUAUGAAACUAAUUAGAUAUGUAAAACAAUAAUUGAAUGUCGAAGUAUAGUUGAACUAGUUGAAUGAACAAAAUCUCUGACUAAUAACUAAUUACAAUGCAAGUAAAUGAAAUCUGUAAUGGCCCCUACAAAAACAAAACAAAAACACAUAUUCGAAAUGGGCUUGAAUUUGAGUGUUAUGCAAUAAACGAAGAAGAAAAAUGUAAGCGAAAUCCAAAAACCAAAAAUAAAAUCCAAAAAGUUCAAAGUAAAUACAAGUAUUAGGCAAAAGCGAUGUUGAAAGAGCUUAGCUGUAAAAAACAUAAAUAAUAGGAAAAUUAAUUCAAAUC